AUGAGGGAUACAGACCCCUACGAGCUACUGGUGUUCACCAGCUUCCGACUGGUGCAGGGAUCUGGACUCUGUGUUGGCCUGUGUGGAAAGACUUUCACCAGAUUGAGUGGGCUGAAGAAACACCAACGCAUCCACACUGGAGAAAGACCAUAUGACUGUGACCAGUGUGGGAAGACUUUCACCACAAUGAGUGGGCUGAAGAUACACCUACGCAUGCACACUGGAGAAAAACCAUAUGACUGUGAGCAGUGUGGGAAGACUUUCACCAGAAUGAGUGGGCUGAGGAAACACCAACGUAUCCACACUGGAGAAAAACCAUAUGACUGUGACCAGUGUGGGAAGACUUUCACCACAAUGAAUGGGCUGAAGAUACACCUACGCAUGCACACAGGAGAAAAACCAUAUGACUGUGAGCAGUGUGGGAAGAGUUUUAUCACAGCAAGUACCUUAAAAAGGCACCAACGCAUCCACACUGGAGAAAGACCAUAUGAUUGUGACCAGUGUGGGAAGACUUUCACUAGAAUGAGUGUGCUGAGGGAACACCUACGCAUUCACACUGGAGAAAGACCAUUUGACUGUGACCAGUGUGGGAGGACUUUCACCACAAUGAAUGGGCUGAAGGAACACCUACACUUCCACACUGGAGAAAGACCAUAUGACUGUGACCAGUGUGGGAAGACUUUCACUUCGGCAAGUUACUUAAAAAUUCACCAACGCUUCCACACUGGAGAAAGACCAUAUGACUGUGACCAGUGUGGGAAGGCUUUUAUCACAGGAAGUAUGUUAAAAAGGCACCAACGUAGCCACGCUGGAGAAAGACCAUUUUACUGUGACCAGUGUGGGAAGACUUUCACCAGAAUGAGUGUGGUGAAGGAGCACCUACACAUCCACAAAGGAGAAAGACCAUAUGACUGUAAUGAGUGCGGGAAGACUUUUGCCACAGCAACUUACUUAAAAAGGCACCAACGCAUCCACACUGGAGAAAGUCCAUAUGAUUGUGACCAGUGUGGGAAGACUUUCAAGUCCUUUUCUGCUUUACAUUAUCACCAGAGGAAGUUGAUGUACCCCUGUGAUAGGUGCACAAAGAUAUGCUGGUCAUCUUCCUCUUACAAGUAUCACCAACAGACCCAUAUUGCAGAGGAUCCCAACAGUUCAGAUCCUGUGACAGAUCUUUUGUUACAGGUUCACAAUCAGGAAGCAGGAGGUGACAUCACUGGUAAGGCGGGGGAAGGGAAGGGUAGAAAUCAGACCCACCUGAGCUGUGUGGUGGAGGGAAACUCAAACAAAGGAGAGAAUGGACGGAGGUUUGAUCAACAGGAGAAGUGA